CUUCUGGAAAGAAAGAAAAAAAAGACCGCAAGAUAAAAAGUUAUAAUUCCCUGCAAAUUGAUGGGCUGCAGCUGAAAUCGAUAAACUUGUGUCUAAACCCAAGGCCCAACGAUCGUAAAGAACCUUAUUCUAUAUUCACUCUGGCAUCUCCUACCUCGCAGAAAUUACUGAACAAGGAUGGCACUCAGAAGCAUGCUAUGAAAGAUCACUGCAUUUUACUCUGAUAGCCUUGUUCUACUUCCAAAACUCUAUUCUCUUUUCUUUUUCUCUCAUUGCUAAUCUAGCCAUUGCCCUGUUCGUUAAGAACUUCAAUACUUGUACGAAUUCUUUUGACAGCUUUGUUACAGUCGACUAGUCCCGGUAUUUCUCUCCCUUCAGUCCCAAACUGCCACAUUGACAUGAAAUCAAACCCCACUUACUUAACCACAUUUAGUUUCUUGUUCAUUACCUCUCAAAGAUUUAUACUUUUGCGAAAAAGCCUUACCAAGGGAUCUUCGCUUUUCUUCAUAACCACCAAGCCUGCCACCUAUUCGACAUUAUGCCACGCCCAAGUAGAAAAUGAUACUGAGGGAGGUUUGGAGCAACCAAAAGACUCUAUUGGAGUUCUUAGGAAAUGGGGCUGUAGUGAUCGUGAUUUGUUAAAGAUUUUGUCACGCAGGCCUUCACUACGUAAUGCUGAUCUCACUCAUCUUCAGUCUAAAUUAAAUUUACUUCAGGGCUUAGGUAUUAAGCCAGCUGAUCUUGUUAAGAUCAUCAAUUGUCGCCCAAGAUUCCUUAGUUCUCGUAUCAAUCAUUGCUUUGACGAGCGUUUACAGUAUUUUAUGACAUUGUUUGGAUCAAAGGAAGUCCUGCUUAAGGCCAUUGUCAGGAAUCCUUCUCUCUUGACGUAUGACUUCCACAACUGUAUUAAACCUGCUAUUGCCUUAUAUGAAAGAAUGGGUGUUAGUAAAAACGACUUGAUUCCUAUGCUUUUGUCACGGCCAACUGUGAUUCCAAGAACUUCUUUUGAUGAUCAGAAGAUUGAGUACAUUCGCAGAACUGGGGUUCCCAAUACUUCCAAGAUGUAUAAAUAUGUGGUUACUAUAAUAGGCAUUUCAAAGAUUGAGACUAUUCGAGAAAAAGUAGCCAACUUUGAGAAGUUUGGUUUCUCGGAUGAGGAAGUCUGGAGGUUUUUUGGGCGUUCUCCACUUUUCUUAACACUAUCAGUUGAUAAAGUUCAAAGGAAUAUGACUUUCGUUGUUGGCACGAUGAAGCUCCCUGCAAAUGUGGUCCUUCAGUACCCAUAUUUGUUGUAUAAUAAUUUAGACGGUGUGCUGAAACCGCGAAUGCUUCUUGCAGGGAAGAUUCAGGACAUGAAUCUCUGUCCUCAAAUUAAAGGACCUCUGUUAAUGAGGGCAAUGAGGAUGACAGAACAGCGAUUCUUGAAGGCGUUUGUUUCUUGUCACCCCACAGAUGUUGCCGAAGAGUUGAUGGUGUUCUAUGAAAAGGCAAAAUGUUGCAAGAGAUUGGCCGAAUCCUCAAAGAAAAUGAUCACUAAAGGGUUUCCUUUCUGACAUCGUACCAGUGCAUGCUUAAUCUGCAAAAGGUUUUGUCGGAUCACUGGGGGCUUCUUUAUAUAUUGGCAGAAUGAAAUAAAGAAGUGUGAGGCUGGCUGCUGGCUAUGGUUCAAUGGUGGAUUGCCUCCUUGUGUUAUAUAGGUUGUCAGGGACAUGAAUCCUUGCUGUUCCUGGUUACCCGCCUCUCUUUUUCCUUUGACAGCAACUCUUUGUUGGAGUAGCGAUAAGCUCGUCUUGGCAAGAGACCUGUAUGUUUUUAUCCAUAAACAGCAAGGUUGUUAAUAGCUUAUCCAUAAAUGGCUGCUAAUAUUUCUCUAUGGAAAUAAUAUGUAGAAAAUCAAAAUAAAGGAUCUCUACUCAUGGUUACUAUAGAGAAUUAUGGUUUGUAAUUUAAGCUUGAUACUUUAUUGAAUAAGAAAUGUUAUGUAUAUAUACAAGAGCA